AUGGUCGUUCAACCCAACCCAAUCCUCCCCAUAAUAAUCACAAUUCUAACCCAUCUCGCCGUCGUCAUCAUCGUCGCCGGCGCCGACGCACCAUCACCAGAUGCCAUAUCUCUAAUAAAAUUCAAGAAUUCCAUGACCCACACAGACGUUCUCUUUUCAUGGAACGCCACCAAGCCGCCGUGCACCGGCAAGAAAUCGAACUGGGUCGGAAUCCUCUGUAAUGAAGACCAGCAUGUAAUCGGAAUAAGAUUGGAAGGGAUGAAGUUAUCGGGCGCCAUUGAUGUUGAUUCUUUAAAGAAUAUACCGACGUUGAGAUCUUUAAGUUUGAUGGAUAAUAAUUUUGAAGGAAAAUUACCAAACUUAGGUUGUUUGGGGACGAUGAAAACUAUUUACUUGUCUAAUAAUAAGUUUUCCGGCGAGAUUGAUUCGGUUACUUUUGAACGGAUGCGUUCUUUGAAGAAGCUUUAUUUGGGUAAUAAUGGAUUUACUGGUUUGAUUCCUCUUUCAUUAAUUACUUUGCCUAGGCUUGUGGAAUUGAGUUUGGAAGGGAAUAAAUUUUGUGGGGAAAUUCCGCCGUUUAUGAAUACACGAUUUAGAUUUCUCAAUGUAUCGAGUAAUAAGCUUGAAGGUGUUAUUCCUCGUAGCCUUAGCAAGAUUGAUGCUACUUCCUUCUAUGGCAAUCCUGAUCUUUGCGGGGCACCAUUAAUAAAUAGUUGCAAAUCCUCUAAGCUACCUCUUCUAAACACAAUCUUGUUCAUAAUAACCCUAAUUGCAGCCCUAGCUUCCAUUGGAGCAGUCUUUAUUAUUCUCCGAAAAAAGAGAAAAACAACUCAAACACGAGCAUUUGAUGCACAUUAUUGUGCAAGCAAAGGAGGACGCGAAAUUUUCUUCCCCGAUAAUUUUGUUACGCCAUACUACACUUCUAGUAUUCAAAUACUCGAAAGAUUCGAGACCGAUAACUUAUUGGGAAAACUAGUGUUUGCGAAAGAGGAUCAUGAGAAGUUUGAAUUACCCGAUUUGCUCAAGUCAUCGGCCGAGGUAUUGGGAACUGGUUACUUUGGAGCAUCAUUUAAGGCUGGUCUUCCUUCGGGAAAAAAUAUGUUUGUGAAAAAGUUUAAACAUAUGAAUAAUGUUGGAAGGGAAGAUUUUCAAGAACAUAUUAUUAGGCUUGGGAGAUUGAGUCAUUCAAACCUACUUCCACCCGUGGCAUUUUAUUAUAGGAAAGAAGAGAAACUUCUUGUAUCGGAUUAUAUUAACAAUGUUAGUUUGGCUGUUUAUCUUCAUGGUAACCGAUCAUUAGACGAACCGAGUCUAAAUUGGCCAACUCGUUUGAACAUCAUCAAAGGGGUGGCUAAUGGUCUUCAACAUCUAUACAACGAGUUUCCAAAUUUGGUUGUUCCUCAUGGCCAUCUCAAAUCUUCAAAUGUUCUUCUAAGUGAAACCAUGGAACCACUUCUUACCGACUAUUCCUUAGUCACCAUGGUCAAUGUCGAGCAUGCACAACAAGUAAUGAUAGCCUACAAGUCCCCCGAGUACAAGCAUCAACAUCGUGUCUCUAAAAAGACCGACGUUUGGAGUCUUGGAAUUUUAAUUAUUGAGAUUUUAACCGGAAAAAUCCCAAGCAACCACUUUCAACAACAUGGCAAUGGAAUUGAAUCGGAUUUGGUUGCGUGGGUCCAAUCCAAGGAUCAAGAGGACUUUUCAGAGAUCUUCGACGAGAAUAUGGGUGUGGUUGGAAAAGACGAUAAAAAAGAGAUGGUGAAACUAUUGAAAAUAGGGUUGGCAUGCGCAGAAUCCGAUAUGAAUAAAAGGUAUGAUAUAAUGGAGGCGGUUAAGAAAAUUGAGGCUUUGAAAUCUAAAAAUUUAUAG